CGGACAUUACAAAAACUACCUAGUCAAUUUGUUUCGUCGACUAUCACGAGCAAAUUAGACCAUCUUUGUGACUUGUUCCGUCGACUAUCACGGACAAUUUAAAAAUUACCUAGUCAAUUUGUUUCGUGGACUAUCACGAACAAAUUGGAUCCCUGCUAAGUUUGUUCCGUCGACUAUCACGGGCAAUUUAGAAAUCCUAGACAAUUUGUUUCGUCGACUAUCACGAGCAAAUUAGACCAUCUUUUUAACUUGUUCCGUCGACUAUCACGGGCAAUAAAAAUUACCUAGCCAAUUUGCUUCGUCGACUAUCACGAGCAAAUUAAAACCCCCCUACUAAAUUCGUUCCGUCGACUAUCACGGGCAAUUUAGAAAACCUAGUCAAUUUGCUUCGUCGACUAUCACGAGCAAAUUAAAACCCCCAUACUAAAUUCGUUCCGUCGACUAUCACGGGCAAUUUAGAAAACCUAGUCAAUUUGCUUCGUCGACUAUCACAAGCAAAUUAAAACCCUCAUGCUAAACUGGUUUCGUCGACUAUCACGGGCAGUUUAGAUAACUAAGUAAAUUUGCUUCGUCGGCUUUCACGAGCAAAUGAGAUCCCUCCUUCUAAAACUUGUUUCGUCGACUAUCACAGACAAUGCAGAAAACCUAACCCCGCUCCGCAUACCGCGAGGGGGCAACCAAAAUCCCAAGUCUGCUCUACCGCCAUGGGAAUAAAUCUACACCCACUCUGCAUAUCGCAAGCGGGCAACCAAAUUCCAAAGUCUUCCCUACAGUCAUAGGAACAAGUCAACAUCUCACAUAGCUACAACGCACGGGAGCUGAGGAGCGCCCCUACCAUUCAAUACCUCACGGGAGCUGCGGAGAGCCCCUACCAUUUAAUACCUCAUGGGAGCUUAGGAGCGCCCCAACCAAUCAAAACCUCACAGGAGCUGGCGAGCCCCUCUAUCAGUCAACAACGCACGGGAGCUGAGGAGCGCCCCUACCAUUCAAUACCUCACGGGAGGGGCUCGCCAAAUCCCUAGGAAUUCCUUAACCAGCAUAUAGUAAACUUCGAAGCUACCCUCGACCAUCCAAAACAAUCCCCAAAGCCACCCUAAAACCAUGUCGGUACGCCAUCCGAAAACCCUAGGUAAACCUAAAUAGGGUAAAGAUGUAAUGAUAUAUGUUUGCUUAUCUAAAUGUAUGUUUACUUACGACGUAAUGAUAUGCGUUUUAUCUUUUGCUCGUAAAACUGUGUGAUUGCAUGAAUGAAAAACGUUUUCAAAAUUAAUAAACAUCAUUCUCUCAUAAGAUUUUCAUUCACUCAUUAACAAUUUAUCAUAAAAAGAUAAAAAUGCAUGCAUGAUGAGAAAUAAAUUUGCAUUCAUACAUCAUUAACAUUUGCAUAAGCAUCAUGCAUACAUACCCAUAAUAAAAAUGAAAAAUAAUUGGUCAGUUUUAAGAUGGUUCAGGGUUUCUAAAAUCAUUCAUCCACGAGGAAAGAGAGUCAAGUCUUUAAGUAUUUGACAAGAUCCAAGGUUGAGCUCAUCAUGGAGGCAUUCCAGAAGAAGAUCGGCGAUGUUGAAGGAAAGUUGACCGGAUUCGAUGAAAAGCUAUCUGGGUUCAAUCAAAAGCUAGAAGGUGUCGACAAGGUGAAAAAUCAACUAAAUUUGCUUAUAGGGAUGAUGUCAGCAAAGAAGAAAGAGGUAGUAACCAAUGACGAAGAAAUGUCAGUUUACAAUGACGAUAAUGGCAAGCCACAUAAUGGGGGCAAUUCGGGCAAGAAAUCCAUCAGUAUACCCAUAAACGAGAAGCUUGAUAAAGACAAAAUUGGAUCAUCAAAACUUGAUGACUCGCAAGGGAGACGGAAGUUAAAAGAAACUGUGAUCGAUGCCACAUCAAAAGAAAAACUUGAACGACUCGAUGAACGAAUAAGAGCUAUAGAAGGAACAGAGUCAUACGGGUCCACAGAUGCAUCACAAUUAUGUCUGGUCCCAGAUGUGAUAAUACCUCACAAAUUCAAAAUGCCAGAAUUUGAAAAGUACAAAGGUGCUACUUGCCCCAGAAGCCACAUGGUUAUGUAUUGCAACAAGAUGGCUAACCAUAUUCGGGAUGAAAAAUUGAUGAUACAUUGCUUCCAGAAUAGCUUAAGUGGUCCAGCUCUAAGAUGGUACAUGCAACUCGAAAGAUCAAAGGUCAAGAGAUGGCAAGAUCUAGCUAAUGCAUUCUUCAGACACUAUAAGCAUAACCAAGAUUUAGCUCCAGACAGGGAGGACUUGCGUAAUAUGGAAAAACAAGAGAAAGAAUCCUUUCGUGAAUACGCCCACAGGUGGCGAACAAAAGCUAUAGAUGUUCAACCUCCUCUAUCGGAGAAAGAAAUGGUGUCAAUCUUCUUCGACACACUCAAGCCUCCCUACUACAACAACAUGGUAGGAAUUACCACGACUAACUUUGUCGAUCUUUUGAUAAUCGGUGAAAGGAUAGAAAAAGGGAUCCGACAAGGCAAGAUGGAAAUACCAGAAGGCUUCGCGAGACUAAGCCAGAACAAGAGAAAGGAAGAAGAGGUAUAUUCAUCCCACAAAGAAGCAAAAGAGAAAACACGAAAAAGCAAUUUUCAAAAUAAUCAAGCCCUCCCAUAUGUUGCAACUACCACACCAAUAUUGCAACCUCCAAACUUCAUGAAAUCAACGAUCCAAAAUCCCACACCAAUACCACGACAAGGUGCCAAUCGAGAUGUUAGUAUCACAAGGAAAGCAAAAAGGGUAUUUGACCCCAUCCCGGUCACGUAUACCGAACUCUUCCCUCGAUUACUCCAUGAUCAUCUAAUCACUCCUAUUCCGGGUGAGACUCUACAACCUCCAUUUCCAAGGUGGUAUAGGUUCGACAAGCAUUGCGAUUACCAUUCAGGAGUCCAAGGGCAUUCAGUGGAAAAUUGCAACGCUCUGAAGAUAAAGGUUCAAGACAUGGUGAAUGCCGGAUGGUUGAAGUUUGAAUAAGAGGAGAUCGUUUACACGUCAACAACAGCCUACUGCAGACUCGGGGAAGUUAAUAAGCAUAACCUCAAAUAAAUAUCGAGAUAGCUCGCCACGAUAAAAAUGUAUCACCUUUUGCUUUCAUCAUGAGAAAUAAAAGGUUACUCAUGUUUCUACCUUCUCGGAGCAUUUCGUGAUCAUUAUCAAUCUCGAUUUCGGAUUUCCCAUCAAUGGUCCCUAUCUUUCCAAGUAAUAAAAAUCUAUUUCACAAAUUUUGACUUGAAUUCUCUGAAAUAAAUCAUAAACCAAUUUCAUGUGUUCAAGUUAAGCCAUGGGAUUAUCAUACCAAACAACUAUGAACACCCUACUGGUGUUGAGAGAUUACGAACACCCUACUGGUGUCACGAUUUUGAACACCCCACGGGUGUUGAGAGUACAAAAUGCCAACUUAUGUUGAGUAUAUAAACACCCCACUGGUGUCCGUAAAUCAUGUGAGAUGAUAGUCAAGGGAUGUAGUGGGGAUACGACAUCAGGCUAUUUUAAGAAUCCUGUCACGUUUAGCCGAAUCUCGUCAACAAAAUAGUGUUUGAAAAACCAUCCAAUUAGCCCAGCCAUCAAGAGAGACACUCAUGUUGUCAGCCAUCAAGACAAAGUUAUAACCCUUUUGUGAUCGUGCCCAAAACCACAAAGUUCAGUUGAAGACUUAGUAAAAUACGUAGGGGCAUAACAAAGUCAAGCAAGUCCCACAAACGUGAAAGUUUCAAAAGGGAAACAACAACAACAAAACAUUGUGGGACUUACAACUAGAUGCCCCUUUCUAUGUUAUCUAAAGUCAUAACCACUCAACCAAGAGAUCUUCCAACCAAUAUCCAAGGAAGAAGCUCAAGCAAAAGCUUACGUGAUAAGAAAAAAACCAUGCAGUCACUACCACUACACAAAAGAACUCCUCAGCAUACCAUUCUGGGUUGGAGCAAGAGUUCAUUUGCUUCCUACUCAUUCUUGCCUCUCAAAACCAAUAUUUUAAGAAAAAAGGGCAAUACAAGCUAUAGAUAUACUCUCUGGAAACCACCAACAUUUCCAAGAAAAAGAAAGACUUCCUCGAUGAGAGAAACUACAGACCUUAUACGAAUCCCCUAUUCCCAUCAAUUAGCCACAUAUCUUUGGGGGAAAGCCAAAAUUUCUCGACAAAAGUCAUGAGAUGGCCAAAAUCUCUCAAAGAUCUUCCUUCUAUCAUUGUCUCAACCCUGCUACAGGACAGUAAAAAUUUCAGGAUAAGAAGAUCCCACAGUCAAAAUCAACCAAUAACCUCAUUUCAUGAAAAAUCAUAUACCUCCACGACGAGACCAUAUGAGAUCACCUAAAUCAACCACACAAAGCUCUCUUGUUGAGAAAAACCUUAACCUCAAGCUCAUGUGGCCGUCAACAUAGACAGAGUCAUCUCAUGGUGACAGGAAUCUUGAUAGUAGUCGAAGUGUCGUAAACUUAAAACAUCCAUAGGAAUGAGUGAAAGUGGAAAAGAGGUCAAGGACGAGAGUGAGAGAUCACGGAUAUUCUCAUGGCUCGAUUUGCACUCUUCUUGAAACAAAAACAAUUAUGAGCA